UCGAGAGACGACGUCGCCUAUGAACGGCCGAUGACAUAUCCAAUAUAACUCCCCGAAAAGGGGGAUAGAGAGAGAGAGAGAGACAGAGACAGAGAGAGAGAGAGAGAAAGAGAGAGAGAGAGAGAGAGAGAAAGAAAGAGAGACGUCUCCGACAACAUUUGUCGACACACUCCAUUUAUUUGUCCGUCCGUCUUGUCUGCUUUCUGUCUGUCUGUCUUAUAUCUUUCUAUCGACCUCCUUUUCUCGAGCACGCCCUUAAACGGCCACUGCGGCGGUUUCCCGUGAAUCCCUUUCGCGUUUCUCCUCGUUACGCUACAUUCUAAUAUCUAUUAUUUAUCUACUGCUAUAAUUAUAUAACCUACGAUAUUAUCCAAUAUCGUAUCGUUAGCGCCGUCGCAUUCAUGCGUUGAUGCUGACGUAUUCCGAGCUUAAGCUCCGUCUCUUUAACGCGAGUAUUAUCAGAGACACAGCGUAAACAAGUGCAUAUAUCUCAUUUUCUGUUUGCUCCGCAUUUAGGCGAUGACGGCGACGGCGUCGCGGGGGUCCGAAGAUUUCAUCGAUGAUGAAUACUUGGUGCGAACAACGGUUUCGAGCUUCCGAAUAAGUUACAAGUAUCCGAAAUCGCAGCGAUGUCAAAGAAGACCAGCUGCAAGAUGUUGGUUCAUCAGGUGUCAGCCGUGUUGCCAGAUGACAGGCCAAUAACUGCCAUUAGUGUCGUGGAAGACAUAGACAAGUGUCCACCGAACUUCACAGUGGUAUCGAGAACCUACGACCAGGACACCGACGCCGAUCUGUGGAGGGAAAGUGGGCUGUUCAUCAAGAAAAAGGGUAGAUACAUUUGCUUCUCGAAGACUGAGGGUCAGCCUGACUGCGUGGUCGAGGACAUCGUGGUGAUUAACGAGCGAGAUACUCCACCGGAAGGAUACAGCAUGAUCUCCUAUACCGUGGACUCGAGACAGAAAGCAUGGCGGAAAAAACAAGUAUGCUACAAAAUUAGGAAUAAGGAUCUAUGUGUGAAAGCAGUCACGGAUAUAAUUAUAUGCAGCAGGAUAAUUCACAAGGAUUCUAAAUUGGCUCCUAUUGGCUUUUCCGCCGCUGGUAUCAUAAAUGGUGUUCGUGUGUGCUACAAAACAGUAGAUAUCAUAAACGCGGAUUCACAGUCGUAUGUUAAUAUAGACUUACUACAGAGUUCUUCCCCAAAUCCUUCGAACGGAAUCUCUUACAAACGAGCCCCGGAGAGGCCCCCGAAACCAAAGUUUUCACCAAAAUCACAAGUCAACGGGAUUUAUCCGCAUAUCAGUAACGCAGCUAACAAAGACGACGACCUCGGCGAUCGAGAUUACGAAGUCCUGAGUCCCAACGCAAGGAUCAGGCCCACAAGGCCCGCGCCCCAACCGCCCAUAUCCACACCACCAGCCGUCGCAUCCACACCCAUUUACGGUACACUUCCGGGAUCGUCCGAUCUCGAUGGAGUCCCGUUUGUGCUUAAUCCUCGUCUUACUACUAAUCAUCUUGAUCCUGCCAAUAACAAACUUCCUGUUAUCAAGGUGUGGACACAGAAAGACUUGGAUAGAGAGUUUUUCUAUGAUUUUCGUGCGGAGAGAGAAACCUGAAAGACAACAGUGUGCCAAAAGUAAUCUUUUGCAAAUUUGCGAGAAAUCUUGCUGCUAUACUUAUGAUCCGCGUUUAUAUUCGACAUAAUAUUAGCCAACAAGUGUAAAUGGAGUGCCUGAACGAGUGAUUUCUACUAAUCCGCGAGAGAAUGAAGCCCGACGUUUAAAAUGGGGGUGUACUAUGUAAGAAGAAAUAAGAUAAAAAAAGAACUUAUUCGGUGUACGCGUUUCUUUUUCCGCCCUACGUUUAGAUUUUUGAUACCAGUGAUAACGUUGUCAUAUUUUUAUAGACUUGCAUUAUUUUUUAAUAGAUAAUAGAGAUUAUAUAUGUAAAAUAUAUGUAAGUACACACAAUUUUGUAUCAUAAUGUGAGUUGUUGUACGUAUCUCAAUAUCACAUAUUUACGCUGUUAAACGAACAAAUGCAUAAUACCGUUGAGAGAAGCAUUCUCGCCGUAUAUUUAUCGCUUAAUGCAACAACUCAAAUGCGUGGUAAGAAUGCAUGCUACAGAA